GGCAGCUGCGCUGCGCCCGCUCCCAGCUCAGUUCUACGAGUGGUUUGGAGCAAUGAAUGCGGCGCAGCACUUGGGUCGGCAGCCUGCAGUGCCUCGACUAGCUGAGUUAGAGAGUGCUGAGUGCACGCUGCUCCUGUAACAGUCGCUUAAUCACACGCUCGCAGGCUUCAGCUCGGCUGCACCAAGAGUGACAGGCAUUGCUCAGCCAUCACAGAGCCAUCAGUCGCAGCGCAGUCGCGGUGCCGGCUUAGGCCACAUCUCGCUAAGCUCGGGUCGCAGUGCCGGCUUAGGCCACUCUCGCGAGGUCUGCGUUCCGGCGGCAGGGAGCACCAAUGAAGCCGCGCAUCCUGCUCGCGACCCUCGCCCUCGCGUCGGCCUUGCGGCCCCGGCACGUCGCACCGCUCCGGUGCGCGCAGAAAGCCCUCGGCGCGGCGUGCGCCGCGCUCGCGCUCGCGGGCCCGGCGCACGCGGUCGACGCGAGCGGCCAGGUCCAGAAGGGCGCCGCGAAGAUCGCGGGCGGGGGCGCGUCGACGCUCCAGUCGGGCCGCGUCAUCGCGAUCACGCGCGGCGUGAACCUCGACGACACGGACUGGACGGGCAAGGACCUGAAGGGCGUCGCCUUCCAGCAGUCGGUGCUGCGGAACUGCAACUUCAGGGGCGUGAACCUCUUCUCCGCGAGCUUCUUCGACGCGGACCUCGCGGGCUCGAAGUUCAACGACGCCAACAUGAAGCUCGUUAACCUCGAGAUGGCGGACCUCUCGAACGCGGACCUCCGCGGCGCGGACCUGACGCAGGCCUACAUGGCGGGCGCCGUCAUCAAGGACCUCAAGCUCAUCGACGACACGGACUGGACCGACGUCGACAUGCGCAAGGACCAGAGGAGCGCGCUCUGCGCCAUCGCCGCCGGGAAGAACCCGCGGACGGGCGUCGACACGCGCGAGUCGCUCAUGUGUCCCUAG